AUUUUUACGCUCGCAAACGCUAUCGAGCCAAACCCAAACGUUCACUGAGAAGCGCCAGCAGAAGAAGAAAGGGAAAAAAGCAACUCUUAAGUCUCAAACGUCGCCACCAGUUUCAUCGCGUUUCGCAAGCUAGCAUGGCGACGUUCGAACUGUACCGGAGGUCGACGACCGGAAUGUGCCUCACGGAGACUUUGGAUGAGAUGGUUCAGAACGGCACUCUCAGCCCCGAGCAUGCUAUUCAGGUUCUCGUCCAGUUCGAUAAGUCUAUGACUGAGGCUCUGGAAACGCAAGUUAAGAGCAAGUUCUCCAUUAAGGGACAUCUCCAUACAUACAGAUUUUGUGACAAUGUUUGGACCUUUAUCUUACAAAAUGCUUUAUUUAAGAAUGAAGAUAGCCAAGAGAAUGUUGGACGGGUUAAGAUAGUGGCUUGUGACUCGAAGUUGCUCACACAGUAAUAUGCCCAAUUUGUGCUACAUUGCCAACAUGGAGAAAUUGUUGUCAUUUGCUGGUGCUAUUGAAAUGGUGGUCAGAUCAUGGUGAUGGAUGGUCUUAAGGAACUAGCAACUAUAGUAUGUAUAGAUUUAAAAGCCAUCAACCUUCCAUGUCAUUAGGUAAUGAAUUAUACAUUGAGAAUACCGCUUGGGAAUUGGAUGAAUCUCCUCGCUUUUAACUGUAUUCUGUUCUAUUCUUCCAUGAGUACCAGUAAAGAAUUUUUCCUGGUCAAAUUACUAUGGUUGACAGGUUAGUUGCCCUCACAGCACAGCUAAGCAAUAU